AGGGAGCCGGGUGAAAUGGGUGGGUGGUGGGUUGGGGUUGGGGGGAUAAAGAAGCGCUAACAAUACACCCACACAAAGUUUGUUGUUUUAAAAAUUUAACACCAAGAUAAUUUGCACAAAAGUUGGGUUUAAUGGUAAAAAUCUGGAGUUAAAAAACCCAAGAAAGCUUUGUCAAGAUUCUGUCAUCACCUCCCUUUUUCCUCCAUGAUUGACCCACAGUUACUAAGCUGCAGGGAUGUAAGAAAGGCUGGGAGAUGAGAGUCUCCCCCCCCCACCCAUCCUCAUUUCCUGUCAUUUCAUCUGCUCUGGUGUCUCUAUAUAACCUCUGACUCAAUCCUUCUUUCACUCUCGGUGUGGUUGUGAGGGUAGAUGACAGCAGUCAUUCAUUGAGAUUUACUUGUAUCAGAUCAUAUAUCUGCAAUAUUGAACAUCAACACUUAGAUUUUUAGCUUUGUUACCAGUUGCUUACAGGUGAACAUGUUGAAGCAAUCCCCUCUCAUCCUGAGAAUGGCCUUGCUACUACUGCAGGUGUUCAGCACAGAUGCAAAGAUGGACAUCAUCACCAGUAAGCAAGACUUUAAAGUUGGAGAAGAAAUAUUGUUGCUGUGUAAAGCUGGAGGAGAAGGAGAUAUCACAUGGCUGAAAGAUGGGGAGGAUGUCGAUGAAGAAAUUGUGAAAAAAGUGGAUGAGACCUCCUCCAAAGUGGUCAUCAAAGAAGCCUCCCUGGAGGAUGCAGGGCGGUACACCUGCAAAUGUGACUAUGACAACGGACACCAAGAUGACACCCAAGUAACUCUUUAUGUUUACGAGGGUCCAUCAUUUGGUAGCACAACCACCUACCACGAGUUUCUAGAAGGUACAGAUGGGAAUGUACCAUGUCUGGUGACUGGGAAGCCAGCAGUUGAUGUCCAGUGGUUUAGAGACAAACAAGAAAUCCCCUCAAGUGGGCUUAGUCGUCUCCGAAAGACUCCUGAUAACACACUCCAUAUUGGAAAAGUGAGGCGAGAAGAUGCUGGGAUGUACGUGUGUUACGCCCAUAUUAGAGGACGGCCAAUGUCCAACCAGCUCCUUGUUUCUGUUGUUGUCAAUGCUCCUCCGACAGUGCGUCUGAGAGAAGAGGUGCAGAAAGUGAUAGCAGGGCCUGAAACAAAUGUCUCUUUGUUGUGUUUGGUGGACGGUCUACCGAAACCCGUCAUCAACUGGACCCUGCCGGUGACCUUCGACCCCUCCCAUCAUCGUUUUAACUCCGAUCGCAGUCAGCUGACCAUAAACUCUGUAGUCAGAGCAGAUUUUGGAGAGUACAUCUGCACUGCAACCAACAAGAUAGCGGAGAACAGCGCCACAUUCAUGCUCCAUGUCUUUGAGGCUCCAGAAGUGUUUGUUUCAGCAGAUCAGCACCAUGUGUCUCAAGGAGAGAGUGUGUCCGUGUCCUGUAAUGUGUCCGGUCAUCCUGAGCCCGAGCUGCACUGGCUCAACAAGCCAAAUGGACAAACACUGGAUUUGACUUCAGGCCGUGUCAGUGUUGUGGACGGCGUGUUGGAAAUUGAUGAUAUGAUGCCCUCUGAUGGUGGACUCUACUCCUGCAUGGCCGUCAGCUCCUCUGGAAAUGCAUCAAGAGAUGUUGCAAUAUACACUCAGCCUGGACCCUUUCAUUAUCUGUCUGUCUCUCCGGGUCCAACCUCUGUGCUCUUCUCGCUCAAAACUCUCCCGGUCAAUGGAGGAGCACCAAUCAAGAGUUUUGUUCUGCAGUGGAAGCAAAAUUCAGAAGAAAAGUGGAGUGAAAUGAUGAUUCCAGUAUCAGAUCCCCUAACUAUCACCAACCUGAAGCCAUACACAGACUACACAGUCCGUCUGGCUGCCUUGAAUGUAGUAGGAACGGGUCCCUUCUCAGAAGAAAGCAGUGUACGCACUCAAGGAAUACGUGAACCAGACAGCCCAGUGGUGUCUGCUGAGGAAAUAAAAAUCGAUGGCAACACCUUCUCUGUUCCUGUGAAGCAGAGUGAUGAUGGUGGAUCCCCCCUGCUGCAUUUUCAAGUUAGAUACAAACAGGAUGCCGAAGUAGAUGAGUGGAAAGAGAUACAACUUCAGCCUGAUACAAACUCUGUCACACUCAAAGAUUUGGCUUUUGGAUCAGACUAUCAACUGGAAAUCACAGCAGUCAAUGCCAAUGGUUCAUCCAUGCCGGCCACAUUCAACUUUACUAUUGCGGAGAGGCCUGUAAGCAACAACCUGACCAAAGGAAGUGUGGUCGGCAUUGUCAUGGUGAUCUUCCUGGUGGUGUUUCUGGUUGUGGAUGCCACCUGUUGCUAUAGAAACCGCUGUGGGCUUCUCAUGUCUAUCUCUGUGAAACUUUUUGGACAAAAGAUUCCAGGUCUCAAAAUGCUCGAUGGGGAGGAUGGAGCCACUAAAGGAGAAGUGAAUCUCAAAGGCAUCGCCACACCGAGAGGAAGCUUGCAGAACUCGGGAGGUCAAACACUUCGCCACGAAGGGGAUCAACUCACAGAGGUCACUUGUGACAAAGCUCCACUCACCAAACAUGAGAAAACACAGAUCUCCACUGUUGAUGCAUGAGGUGAAACCUGAAAAGGUGAACAGCAAAAACUGAUGAAACUGCAGAGAGAGGAGAAAAAGUCGAGCAAAUAAAGCCACAAGGAUGAUCGCACAAAGACACACGAGAAAACGGUGUGUUACAUCUGGGUUCAUCCAGGCUUCUGCGCUGUCAAACGAAGACACCAGAGACUUUGUGAGGUUUUUGAUUUUGGAGAGAAUUGAUGUUACAGGGUAAAAAUUUUGGGUUUUUUUUCUCUCAAAUGUGCAAUUUAAUAAGUGUGUGUUUAUCGCAAACAAAGCAGAAAAAGGUGAAAAAAUGGCAGCCUUUUUAAAUUUCCAUGUUAUUCAAGUCUGUUUUCUUUGUAAUCACAUUUGUUUUUCCAUUAUGGCAGCUCCAGUGUUAGCUACAGGUGACUCCAUAACUGCUCCUUUACUGCAAAACACCAAAUCUUAUGUAAGCUUAUGUAAGUAUUUAUUGAAAUGCUGCUGACUGGAUGUGUUUUUUAGUUUUUGUUAACUAUUUUCAUCUCAUUGUAUGGCACAAAUAACUUAACAAGUACCGCUGCUGUGGAGCACUUCUUUAAUGGCCUUUUUAAUACAUGAUUUGUAAAUGCUAAUAAUCAUUGGACUUUUUACACACUUAACAAUGUAUAUAAGUUAUUUUUGAAUUUCUAUGCAAACUGUUAGGCAUAUUUUUUACACCCUAGAAAAAAUAACUUCCUUUUUCUGUAGCUUUCCUUUUUUUCUCUAGUUCAAAGAC